AUGGAAAAAAGUGUAUCUCAUUCAAAUAUCUUCAGUUAUUUUUUCAGCACAUAUACCUCAGUGCAAUUAUAUCCUACAUCACGCAUAUUGUACUGCAUUGACGUUCUUCUAAAUCAAAUUGAUGGUGUGUGUGCAUUUAAAUGCUUGGUUAAUAAAGAUACUGAAUAUUGCCGUGUAGGAAAAGAGUCCAUUUUGAUAACACUUGGUUACAACAGCACCUUACUACAAUUCACGUCACAUUCUGAAUAUAACAUGUUUUCAAAUGCCCUGAAAAGCUGUAGGAAGAUAAAUAAGGAACAUUCUGUAUUCAGUCAGAGAACAGAAGACUCCUCUGCAGCUCAGUAUUUUCAGUUUUAUGGAUGCUUAUCUCAACAACAGAAUAUGAUGCAGGAUUUUGUAAGGACGGCUACAUAUCACAGAGCAAUACUUCAGAACCAUACAGAUUUUAAGGAUAAGGUGGUCCUAGAUGUUGGAUGCGGAUCAGGUAUUCUUUCAUUUUUCGCUGUGCAAGCUGGUGCUAAAAAAGUCUAUGCUGUUGAAGCUAGCUCGGUGGCUAAAUAUGCCGAGAUUUUAGUCCAGAGUAACAACGUGGCUGAUAAGAUCAGUGUUCUCUCAGGAAAAAUUGAGGAAAUCACACUACCUGAAAGGGUAGAUGUUAUAGUUUCUGAGCCAAUGGGUUACAUGCUGUUCAAUGAAAGGAUGCUGGAAAGUUACCUUCAUUCCAAAAAAUGGCUGAAGUCCAGUGGAAUGAUGUUUCCAACAUUUAGUGACAUUCAUUUGGCUCCUUUUUCCGAUGAACAACUCUACAUGGAACACUACUCCAGAGCCAAUUUUUGGUAUCAGCAAUGUUUUUAUGGGGUAAAUCUGUCCGGUCUCCGUAAUGCAGCUGUAGAUGAAUACUUCAGACAGCCCAUUGUAGACACAUUUGACAUUAGAAUUUUGAUGGCCCGGACUGUGAAAUACACUGUUAGUUUUCUAGAAGCAGAAGAGGAAGAUUUGCAUAGAGUGGAAAUCCCCUUUGUGUUUCAAAUGAUGCAAUCUGGAUUAAUUCACGGCUUGGCAUUUUGGUUUGAUGUGGCAUUUGUUGGCUCAAUGGUAACAGUUUGGCUCUCCACUGCUCCAACCGAGCCUCUGACCCAUUGGUAUCAAGUUCGCUGCCUUUUCCAAACUCCUCUCUUUGCCAAAGAAGGGGAGACACUUUCAGGGGAGGUCUUAUUUGUAGCAAACAAACGGCAGAGUUAUGACAUCCAGAUUGUUGCCAUAGUGGAUGAGACAGGCUUUAAAUCAGGCAAUGUGCUUGAUUUAAAGAAUCCAUUCUUUAGGUACGCUUAGAUGUGAUGAAACUAACCUGCUGGAAGAACAGCCAGGAUUAUAAACAAACCAAGGAGUCUAUGAACAGUUAAAUACAAGCAUAUUGGCAUUGCUGCUUCUGUGAAAUCUGUAUGUACGUAUUAAAAAAAAAUAUUUUCUACAAAUUGUAUAAUAUUUGUGAAAACUAUUUUUUCAGAUGUAUAUCUCCAGCCUUUAAACACAUCUGUUUGGAACUGUAAUCCACUGUAAUGAAUAAAUGAUACUUGGUUGACGUA